AUGCGUUGGUCCCCUUGCACCGCCGUGGCCUUCGCCGCGAUUUUCACGCCCGUCUUCGCCCACUGGAACUACGAGUCCGUCCUCCUAAAUGGCAAAGACACUGGCGUAUACGAAUACGUACGCCGCACCAAGAACAGCAACGGUCCCAUCACAGACGUCUCCUCCAAAGACAUAAUCUGCAACAAUGGCGGCAUCGACGACGACGUCAUGAGCGCAACAAAGACGCUCAGCGUCAAGCCAGGCGACCAGGUCGGCUUCCGCAUCCGCGACAUCUUUGGGCAUCCCGGCAUCCAGCAGGUGUAUUUGAGCAAGGCGCCCGGGAUGGCACAAUCGUACAAGGGCGAUGGGGAUUGGUUCAAGGUGUACUCCCUCACGACGUCAAAUCUCACCAACGACCCGAUCUUCUGGGCGCCGUUCAAGGAUAACGUCGGUAUUUACAAUUUCACAUUCACGCUGCCAACGACGCUGCCGAGCGGGCAGUAUUUGAUGCGUGCGGAGGGGCUCGCGCUACAUAGUGCGGGAACGGUGGGUGGUGCGCAGUUUUAUAUCGGGUGUGCGCAGCUCGAAGUAACCGGCGGUGGGAGGGGUAGUCCAGGACCAACGGUGAAGUUUCCGGGUGCUUAUACUGGGAAUGAGCCGGGCAUUCUGGUCGGUCUGUAUUGGCCGCCGCUGCGCAAUUACACGGCGCCUGGUCCGGCGGUGUGGCCCACCAACUGCGAGGACCAUUCUCCUAACUACUUUGGGAAGACGAGUGAUGGAGAUUGUACGCCUCUAGCCAAGGGCGCAACAGGAUAACUGAGACUUGUAGUGGGGGGUCGAAUCUUCUUGUGGUGAGGGAUUG